GGCGUUUUAUAUCUACUGUAACUGUCUGCCUGUUACUGAGGUUACCUUUUUGAUGAGGAUGUUACCACCUUCUUACUGUUUACAUGACUUCUGAAAAAAAACCUAUUGCUCAGUCUGGGGAAGAUCAAGGAGUUCCAUCUUUUUUUUUAAAUUUAUUUAACUCAUCCAAAAGGAAUACCGUAAUUGUCAACGAAUUUAACCAAGGAGAAAGACAAGUUUCUGCGACUCCCCAGCCCUCUGAUUCCUCUAUUAAAUGUGCUCCUUCUUCUCUUUCCAGUCCUUCUAGUCCUGCGUUUACUUCGGGCUUGGCUGAACUCCAUUCGAAGCUAUGGAAGUUUCAACCAGGCGUUGAAGCCGUUCUACCUACUUUAUCUAAAAAGGAAAUUCAAAGGCAAGAGUGCAUCCAUGAAUUUAUUACUAGUGAAAGACAAUAUGUGAAGGACUUAGAGUUUAUAAUAAAAAAUAUUUAUAACAAGCUGAAGAAAUUACAAGUGUUGACGUUGGAGGAGACAAACCAGAUAUUUGGCCGCAUAACCGAAAUUCAUAAGUGUAAUGAAAAGUUUUUAACUGAGUUGGAUGACUUUCAAAAACAGGAAUUCCCUCUCUACAAUGAUAUAAGCGUUGUAUGUUUUCCCUUCUUCGAAAAACUCUAUGAUAAUUACCACGAGCAAAUAGAAACCAUUAACGAGUCCAACAUGAAGAUCUUGGCCCUGAAAGAAAACGAAGUUUUUACGUCGUUCAUGAACGCUUUGGCAUACAGCCACAACAGCAGCGUAGACAAGCUGGGACUCAACGCUUACGUCAUUCGCCCUCUUCAGCGGAUCACGAAGUAUCCUUUGCUGAUAAGAGAAAUACUCCACUACACAGAUGAAAGCCACAACAGCUACAAGAAUAUGCUGAAGCUGCAGGACGUCGUGAACGAUGCUGUGAAUGGCAUUAACGCGUACUCCAAGAAAGUGGGAACCAACAAAGCUGCUUUAAAAAAGAUCGACUUUAAAGAUUGUCCGUUCAGCGUCACGGCUCCGAGAGAUGCUGAAUUGCUUCAAGAACAGUAUAUAUUGGUUAAAACUGAAGUAAAGAAGCGCGAGAAAAUUGUUUACUGUUUUCUCUUUGACAAAUAUAUAUUAUUCGCGCAAGCCAAGAAGAAGACGGAAUUCGUGCCUUCGCUUAAGAGAAGUAGCAGUUUGAUGGGGACUUCACUGGCUGCUAGGAGGCGGCCCGAUCCCACCACCACGACAAGGAGGAAGCGCUCCACUGCAGAAGACAUUCACUUGAAAUGGAUGACCGCUUUAAUUCCUUUUGACCAAACUGUGAAUGCCUUUUUGGGCGAAAACGGUACAAAGCUGAUAUUUGAAUUCACGUGCGAGGCAUCACAGAGAAGCAUAACACUUACAACUGAUAAAGAAAAUCACGUAAACCACGACAUUUAUUAUCCCUUAAAGAAUAUAUACGACGCUUAUUACCGCCAAUAAAAUAUAUCGUUUUGGUAGGUUUCCAUA